CGGCCGUUGGCCGUUCCCGCGGCUUGGCUGGUUGUCUUGGAGAAGCAAGAUGGCGGCGACGGCGACGGCGGCGGCGGUGGUGGCGGAGGAGGACACGGAGCUGCGGGACCUGCUGGUGCAGACCCUGGAGAACAGCGGCGUUUUGAAUCGCAUCAAGGCUGAACUCCGAGCAGCUGUGUUUCUAGCGCUAGAGGAGCAGGAGAAAGUGGAGAACAAGACUCCUUUAGUCAAUGAGAGCCUGAAAAAGUUUUUAAAUACGAAAGAUGGACGCUUAGUGGCUAGUCUUGUUGCAGAAUUUCUUCAGUUUUUUAACCUUGACUUUACCUUGGCUGUUUUUCACCCUGAAACCAGCACAUUUCAAGGUUUUGAAGGUCGAGAGAAUCUAGCCCGAGAUUUAGGUAUCAUCGAAGCAGAAGGAACUGUGGGUGGACCCUUGCUAUUAGAAGUGAUUAGACGCUGUCAGCAGAAAGAGAAAGGGAUUGCUGGUGGGGAGGGUGCACUGGAACUAUCUGAUGUACAUUCUCCAUCAAAGUCACCAGAAGGAAAAACAAACUCAAACACAAUCCCAAGUAAGAUACCAAGGUAUAAAGGACAAGGUAAGAAGAAGACAAGCGGGCAGAAGUCUGGUGACAAGAAGGCCAGCCUGGAGGUCAGUCAGAGUGAUACAAGUAUCUCCUCAUCAGAACAAAAGAGCAAAAGCAGUCUGCACUCAUUAGCCCAUGAAACAAAAAUCGGGUCUUUCUUCAGCAACACCUCUUUAGAUGUCAAAGACAAAGCUAGCGUUGAUGCAGAUGAGGAUGAUAUGGAAGGAGACUCAUUCUUUGAUGAUCCCAUCCCUAAACCCGAAAAAACUUACGGUUGCUCGGAGCUGCCUGUUGGCUGCCACGCUCGCCCUGGGGCUACGGCAAUGCCCCUGCUCCCCAGGUCGUUACUUCAGGGUAAAAGAGGAGGUGCAGUUUUGAAAGAUUUAAAAUUAAUCAGUGAUAAAAUUGGAUCACUUGGGCUAGGUACUGGAGAAGAUGACUAUGUUGAUGACUUUAAUAGUGCCAGCCACCGCUCAGAAAAAAGUGAACUAAGUAUUGGUGAGGAGAUUGAGGAAGACCUUUCUGUGGGAGUGGACGACAUCAGUACCAGCGAUAAACUUGAUAAUCUCACACAAGACCUGACAGUCUCUCAGCUCAGUGAUGUCGCAGACUUUCUGGAAGAUGUGGCGUAGCCCGAAGAAGGACGUGUUCUCACCAACACAGACAAGGGACUCAUCCGCUCCAUUUGUUUUGUGUGUUUCAGACAAUCACUUUUAGCUGGAAUGUCUGCUCCCUCUUGGUGCCUUGCAUUUCAAAAAAGACUUGCAGAUAUUUUUAAAAUUAACUUUUCAUUUUAUGAAACAAAAUACUUCCCUACAUGAGCCCAUGUGUGUAAGAUUUAAAUUAUUCUUAUUUUGAUAUUAGCUGUACAUUUCUCUGAGGAAAUUGAUAGUCUACACUCAAAGUUCAUUACAGGGAGGAACUUCUGUGCUGAGUAGUGCAUAGAGACGGGUCACUGAAGCUGUAGUCUCUUCUGGCUGCAAGCAUGGCUGCU